AUGGUUGAGUUGAGAGAAGAAUUGUUACCUCUAUCGGAUGCGCAGUGGGAGAAGGAUGCGGAUGUGGACAGUUGUAAAGGAUGUCAGUUACAGUUUACGGUCAGUCGCCGGAAACACCAUUGCAGGUCGGUCGUUUCUUGUUUUCGGUUGGUUGAAGUGCCUUUUUGUAAGGCAUCUGAACUUCCCGGAGGCAUUUGUUAUCAUUUUAGUCGCGCAUUUAGGAGUGUAAUAGAUUAA